CCUGUUGCUGAAUUCGCUUGGCGCUGCAUUAUUGCAUGAGGGAAGCGUGUGUUGUGGGCACGUAAAAACAUAACGUUGAGGGAGCGGAGAGGACUUUUCUACUUUGUACAUACAUUAUUUUGUAUAUACUGUUUAUGAUGACUUCAGUUGCUGAUGCUGCCCGCGGUAACCGGGACCGAGUGCAGCCACAGACCACACACACCUCACAGCCACAGAAACAGAUUCAGGCCACAGCAGAACAGAUUCGUCUUGCUCAGAUGAUUUAUGACAAAAACGACGCAGACUUUGAAGGCAAGGUCAAACAGCUCUUUGAGGUCACAGGCCGAAAUCAGGAUGAGUGCAUUGUGGCCCUUCAUGACUGCAAUGGGGAUGUGAAUAGGGCCAUAAACUUCCUGUUGGAGGAGAUCACUGCCAAGGACUCCUGGGAGACUGUUGGGAAGAAGAAGAGCGUGGGGAAGGAAGGCAUGCCGGCAGAGAGCAGAGAGAGGAGGACCGACAGGGAGGCGAGGGGCCGCGGCGGACCGGGUAAACGUGGCCGCGGAACCGGCCGUGCGCAAGAAGGCCGCUCAGAGGAAAACGGGUUUGACUCCGUUCAAGGAGAGAGAGCAGGGGAGCGAGGGCGUAGAGGAAGAGGCAGAGGUGCAGGAGGCAGAGGCAGAGGCCGUGGAGCUGGUGUGAAUAGGUUCUCUCAGGGAAUGGGGACGUUUAACCCUGCUGACUACACAAGCUCUGCUGAACCCGGGGAGGCAGCCAACGACACUACUGACAGAGCGGGAACGUGGAGAAGCAAUCUGGAAGAAUGGGCUGCAGAAGACUGGAAUGAAGAUCUCUCUGAGACCAAAGUGUUCACUGCCUCCUUUACACUUGCAUCCCAGGACCACAUACAACCUGGACAGGGGGUAGAUCUGAGUUCUCUUUUGCCUAAAGCGGUGGACGUGGACUCUGAGCUGGCCGGGCUGGAGCCGGCCUCCCCAGAGCCGCUCACGCAGAGCCUCGUGUUCACCAACUCCCAGCAGAACCUGGGCCGAACACACACGCACAGCUACGCCUCGGCCGCUGCCAACAGCUACGCCUCCGCUGCUGCUGGCACCUACGCCCACGCCGCCUCGUCCUUGGGAUCCAAACCAUCUCUAUCUGAUGUACAGAAAGCUGAACCAGUCAGUGUUCCUCGGAUCACCCCUCUGUCCAAUCAGAUGCCUGUUGCCCUGAGCAACGGCAGCUCGGCUGGAGAACCCAGUGCUGCUGGCCCUGCUGCACCUGUACCCUUGGCUUUGAGUGAGCCCAAGAUGGAGGUCCCUCUUACAGGGACUCACUUGGAUCUGAAGUCCCAGCCUGACCCAUCUCCCAUUCUGAGUCAGCUGACCCAGCACCAGAAUCCCAUGCUCCUAUCGGACCUGCCGGCUCAGGGCCGAGACCCCUCCCCCCCGCUGCCCCAAUGCGACACCCACUCCCCUGCACUGAAGCCCCUGGGGGAGGCGGCCGCCCCCACCAUGGUAGAACUGCCCCAGCCCAAACACAUCCGACCACAGAGACGCAGGCUGCCACCUCCUUCCAAGAUCCCGUCUUCAGCUGUCGAGAUGCCCGGCUCUGCUGAUGUGUCCGCACUGAAUGUGCAGUUUGGUGCACUGGAUUUUGCUUCAGAGUCUGCCAUGGAGAGCCCUGGCCAAUCAGAUACAGGCAGCCAAGAAUCCUCUUCUCCUGCUCCGCAGAUCCAGAGCAGCCUGUACUCCAAACCAAGCACUGUUAGUGAGCCGCUGGGUGGUCUUCCCCCAGUCCUGCCCACAGCAGCGGUGGAGCCCAGGUACCCCUCACCGUCUGUGGGCUUAGCCCCAGCCCCAGCCCCCUCUGCCUCCACUUCCUCCAGAACAGAGUCCUCCAGCCUGCGCAAGGACCCCAGCGCAACUUCCACAAGUCCUCUCACGAAUGGAUUUGGCGAAGUACGGACCUCCAUCACGCAAGAUGCUGUCCCCACAAGCACUCCUCAGGCCGUGCCCACAUCUCUGCCCUUGGAGAAUAGCAUGGCCUCUUCGUCCGUACCGUCUUCAUCCUCGUCAGUGGCAGCAACACAGGCCCCAGUGCCCAGCACUGUCCUUCCCUCCCUCAGCAGUCAUGUGAGCAGUGGAACUAUGUUGGGCUCCGCGGUGCCCUCCACCUCUGCUCCCGGAACGGCCGCUGAUGUCAGUGGCUCUCUCUCGGGCCUCUCCACGGGCCCGGCGGUGAGCUCAACCAGCCCAGCGGUCAGCUCCAACGGCCUGGGCGUGGGUGCGCCCAGCCUCGCCUCCAACAGCCCCUCGGUGCCCUCCACUGGCCGCUCCGUUCCACUGCAGGCCGCCGCCGCCACCGCUGGGAAAGCUCCACCUAACCUGACCCAAGGAGUGCCUCCACUGCUGACCAGUCAGUACAUUAUGGGGCCUGGAGGACUGCUCCCCGCAUACCCCCAGAUCUAUGGCUACGAAGACCUGCAGAUGAUGCAGUCACGUCUGCCCAUGGAUUAUUACGGGAUGACCACCUUCCCUGGUGCCACUACCCUUGCUGCCAGAGAUGGUGGAUUAGCCAGCAACCCUUACUCAGGUGAAGCCACCAAAUUCGCUCGCAGCGACGCACCCUCGCCGGCACCCACCACCAGCCUCUCGUCAGUCGCUCCCUCGCAGUCGGAGCCGGGCACGGUGCCCCCACAGGCGCAGGCACCUCCCACCCCUGGCCAGGCCUUCCUGAACCCCCCACUACCCCCGGGCUACGGCUAUACCAGCCUGCCCUACUACGCUGGCAUGCCGGGUGUCCCCAGUGCCUUCCAGUAUGGCCCCACCGUCUUCAUGCCCCCAGCCUCAGCCAAGCAGCACGCCCUGGGUCCGUCGGGCCAGUACCAGCACCAGGGCGGCUAUGGGCAGCACGCCUACGCCUCAGCCUUUGAUGACCUGUCUCAGGCUCAUGCCGGAGGGGAUUAUGGGAAAGGGGGCUAUGGAGGCAGCUCACAGUCACAGGCCAAGCCAAGCAACAGCACAGGAAAAGCACCCGGAUUGUCAGGCUCCACCGGCUCUGAUCUAAGUGCAACCGUGUACAGCAAGACUCAGUCGUUUGAGAAGCAGGGGUUCCCUGCGGCCACCCAGCCCACAUUCAGCCUGCCAUCUGCUUUGGGGGGCACGGGCCCCCUGAACCCCGGAGGGGCCCCUGGCUAUGCGCCCGGCCCCUUCCUCCACAUCCUGCCCGCUCAUCAGCAGCCACCUUCUCAGCUUAUGCACCACCACAUGGCCCAGGAUGCACAGGGCCAACGCAGUCAGUCCAGCAGCAUGCCGAAGAGCCAGGGCAAGUCCGGCUACAGCAGCUCCCCAUACUGGGCCAACUGAUCACAUACUGGAAAUAACUCGCAGUCCAAAUCUCAUACGUCAGUCCUGCAGCUGGCCUGAAGCACACACAGCCACCCUUCUCCCUCACUGUGCCCCCCUCCACAUUUUUCCCUUUUCCCCUGUAAAAUAUUAAUGUAAGUAUUUAUAUAUGCUGUAAAUGUUAAAGUCCAACAUGAAGUGUGCUUGCUCCUCUUUUUUUUUUUUUUUUGGGAAAGAAGUUUUGCUUUUGUUUACUUUUCAAAUUUUGCAGAGAUGUAGCAAAAAGGAAAACUUGAGGGGGGAGAAGUGCGGUGUGAGAACUUGAGUCAUGACAAAGGAUGGAGGAGGGUGAAAGGUGAUCGGGUGGUUUUUGGGAGAGGUUCAUUUUAAAGAAAGUGAAAGCAUUAAAUGCUUGCAUUGUUACAUGGUGGGCUAUUCCAUGGUAAAGGGAAACAACCAGUGUCUGCUGAUUUGUUAUUCUCUUUCACAUUGGCUCCACAAGUCACCAAAAGAAACCCACAAGUUUUAUAUUGAACUCCUGUUGCCCUCUGAAUAAAGAAUCUGAGCUAUUCA